GGGUUUCUGGCAGUCGGUGACUAGGGGAAUGGAACCGUCAGAGUUUCCAUGUGAACAGAUGGAGGACUGGGGAGAGAGUGGCAAAGUCCUGGCUGAGAAUCCCUGCAGGGGAAGAUGGCCCAUCCACCCCCUCCAAAGUCUUGGAUUCAACCUGGGAUUUUUUUGAGGGGUCCGAGGGGGAGGAAAAGACUUUUCUUCUGGAGAGAAGGUUCAGAGAUCUCUGAAGAACCUUAAAACUGUUGGAAAUGAAGGGGAAAGUGAUCUCUCCCCACCUUGAGUUUCCAGAAGCUCCCAGAACUUUCAGGCUAUUCCUACUGAACCCCACUGCUUGGGAUGGCGAAGGAAGGAGGCUGUGGGGAAAGGGGGAAGUAUGCCCUCCUUUGGGGUGUCGGAACUGAAAGGCAGAAGCUCCCUUUCGCCUCCCCCCAAUCCCUCUGUCGUCACUUUCUGCCUUCCUCUGUCCUCAGGGCCCAGGACUGGUGACGUCUCUGCGAAGAGUGCCCCAGUUUAAAGCAGAGAGAUUCGCCUUUAGAACCAGAGCUUGAACCGGAGCCAGAGCCCAAACGGAGCGGGAGCCGCCAUGCCGCCGGGGCCUUCGCCCCCUUCUCUGCCGCUGCUGCUGUUGCUGCUGGUGACCGGGCUGUGCGCCGCAGCUGGAGGAGGGGCCGUUGGGGGAGGCUACGCGCAAGUGAAGUACGUGCAGCCCAUGGUGAAAGGACCAGCCGGACCCCCUUUCCGGGAGGGCAAGGGCCAAUACCUAGAACUGCCACCACCAAUGCUGCCAAUGGACCUAAAAGGGGAACCUGGACCACCUGGAAAGCCUGGCCCCCGGGGCCCUCCAGGACCUCCUGGUUACCCAGGAAAGCCAGGUACAGGCAAGCCAGGUCUGCAUGGUCAGCCAGGCCCCGCUGGCCCCCCAGGCUUCUCUAGGAUGGGUAAGCCAGGUGUCCCAGGUGUCCCAGGUAAAGUGGGCAGCAAGGGUGAGCCAGGUCCCAAGGGUGAGCCAGGCCUUCGGGGGGACCAGGGCCUUCGAGGACUGCCAGGGCCCCCUGGACUUCCAGGCCCAUCAGGCAUUGCUGUCACUGGCAAACCAGGCCCACAGGGUGCUCUGGGUCCACAAGGCUUUAGGGGGGAACCAGGCCCCAGAGGAGAGCCAGGACCUCGGGGGGAAAGAGGCCUUAAGGGUGAUAAUGGGGUGGGUACACCAGGCCAGCCAGGUGUCCCAGGUAAUGGAGGUCCCCCUGGCCCUCCAGGACCUCCAGGUCCCAUGGGCUUGGGCAAACCUGGCCUGGAUGGGCUUCCAGGUGCCCCAGGAGACAAAGGAGCCACUGGGGCCCCUGGGGGACCAGGACAAACUGGGGAGCCAGGGGCCCUGGGCCCAAGGGGUCCCCCGGGACUAGAUGGCAUUGGGAUACCUGGGGCAAUAGGUGUGCCUGGGCCCCAGGGGCCUGUAGGUGCAAAGGGGGAACCUGGGAUCAGGGGCCUUCCUGGCCUGCCAGGCCCUACAGGCUAUGGGAAGCCAGGGAUCCCAGGCCUCAAAGGGGAAAGGGGCCCAGCAGGAGUCCCAGGAGGUCUGGGUGAUACAGGUGAGCCAGGAGUGGAUGGUGAGCCAGGUGAACCAGGACCUCAGGGCCUUAUGGGCCCUCCUGGCCUUCCUGGGUCCAUGGGACUACCAGGGAGACACGGGCUACCUGGGGCCAAAGGGGAGGCAGGGCCAAGUGGGCCUCCAGGGGUGCCCGGGAUCCGAGGAGACCAGGGGCCAAGUGGCAUUGUGGGAAAACCUGGGGUUGUUGGAGAGAGGGGAUUACCUGGGGCACAGGGACCUCCAGGGCCAAGUGGGCCUAAGGGAGAACCAGGUAUCAUUGGGCUUCCUGGGGGACCAGGUGCAGCAGGAGGGCUGGGACAGAAAGGGGAGAUAGGCCUUCCAGGCCAGCCUGGCCUGAGGGGACCCUCAGGGAUUCCUGGGCUUCAGGGCCCAUCAGGUCCUAUCGGGCCCCAGGGUCUUCCAGGCCUGAAAGGGGAGCCAGGCCUCCAAGGUCCCCCUGGGGAAGGAAGGGUGGGUGAGCCAGGCUUAGCUGGACCUACAGGCCCCCCUGGCAUCCCUGGCAACCCAGGACUUAACGGCCCCCCAGGGCCUCCAGGGCCCCCUGGUCCACCUGGGCCCCCAGGGGGCUUAGAUGAGAUGGGCAUCGCGGGCCUGCACUUGCCCAAUGGUGGGGUUGAGGGGGCAGUGCUAGGCAACGGCAGGGGGGCCAAACCCCAGUCUGGUCUCGGGGAGCUGUCGGUCGGCGUCGCCCCAGCCUUCACCGCUGUGCUCACCUCACCCUUCCCGGCUUCGGGGAUGCCAGUCAAGUUUGACCGGACGCUGUACAACGGCCACAGUGGUUAUAACCCUGCCACCGGCAUCUUCACCUGCCCCAUUGGUGGUGUCUAUUACUUUGCUUACCACGUGCAUGUCAAGGGCACCAGUGUGUGGGUGGCUCUCUAUAAGAACAACGUCCCCGCCACCUAUACUUACGACGAGUACAAGAAAGGCUACCUGGAUCAGGCGUCAGGUGGGGCAGUGCUUGAGCUUCGUACUAACGACCAGGUCUGGGUGCAGAUGCCCUCAGACCAAGCCAACGGCCUCUACUCCACUGAGUACAUCCACUCGUCCUUCUCCGGCUUCCUGCUCUGCCCCACAUAACAGGCCAGGGACCCACGCCACCAACUCCCCCUCCCACACCCAUUUUUAGUAGUAGUAUUAUUUUUUAAUUAAAAGCAAAGGACCUGAUGGUGAGAGAGAAGACUGGGAGACGGCAGUGGCUACAGGAGAUCUGCUUUCUUCUUCCAAUUGCUUCCGAAAGAGACUGAUCCCCAAGGAGGCUUUGCAAAGGUGGGACCGCCUCCCCUUCCCCCAUUCCUCCUGGGACUGGGGCUGAAGACGGUGCUGAAUUGAAGCAGACGGCCACUGUGCGGCCUCAGAGAUGAUGAGUCUUAACUCACACUCAGGGCAUGUGGCUCCUGGCUUCUGGGCCUUAAUUGGAAUUGCUCCAUUCCUAUCUCAAGGACUAGGGGACUCAUGGGCCUUCUAUGCACAUGUCUUGGGGCAGAGACUCACUGACCAUUCUUGGAAAUCUGCCUCUCUCCUCUGGGUGAAAAAGUGGGGGCCUCUCACACUCAGACUGCACUGAGAUUACAAAGAAGCCUCCCAUCCCAACUGCCCCCAGCUCCAAAGUCUGGGGCUUCUGGCUCCAAGACAAGUUUUAUUUUGGGAGAGAGAGGAAGACAAGCCCCUAGUCAAUCUCGUGCCAAAGAUGCUUCGAUGGCCUGUGUAGUGUCCCCUUAGGACAAAGUGCAAUGAGCUUACUGCCCAUACUGGUCACCAACUCCCCUUAAGUAGUCCAACUAGAUGGGUGAACAGGAAUGAAGCUUGCGGUUGGUUCUGGCCGGCUUACGUGGGGUUACUCGUCCUUGCCUUCCCUCAUCUCCCACAGCCCAAACUCCUACUGGAGGAAGGGGAGGGGAAAUGUGGAGAGUCAAGAAUCAAGAAAAAUCCACUCCCAAGGGGGCUCUUAAAGGGACAGGAAGACAGAGCACCCAGAUGUGGGGAAGGUGAGAAAGACACCUCCAAAGGCACUGGGUGGAUGGGGUGCAGUGCGUUCAGUAUUGGGAUCCCGCAGUUCACCCGCCUCCAUCAGGUGCAAAUCAAGAGGACUUCUGUGCAAGGCUAAGGCACUGUAGCUCCUGCUCCCAUAGUCCUCAGGUGAGGACCAUGCCACCAGUCUGUGGCAGAUUGACUUGGCGUCUAGGUAUUUAUUGGUUUCUUCGCUCCCACCUCGCUUUCCUGAACAAGAGCCAUGAAGCAAGGGUCAGGGGCCCUCUCCCAUUUCAUUUUGAUGUUCCAUAUAAUCUUAGGGUCUAGAAAGAGCAGGAAGACUGGAUGGUAACAGAUGUUAGUCUUGGCGGCCGCAUCUGGAAAGAGGACAGAGGGCAGUCAGGUUGUCUUCUUCCCGACUUCUGAUUUCCAGUGGAUGUUCACCAAAGGGGCAGGAGAGAAGCUUUGGAAGGUUCUCUCUGCCAGAGGGUUCACUGUUGGCUGAUAGCUGCAGUGCACUCUCAUCACCAGUUCCUGUCUUAGCUCUGGGGGUGGGGAAACGAAGGAGACAUAACGGGGGACAGACAGCAAGGCCAGUGGCCACUCCACCCCACUGUGAAGAGAGAAGGGGUUUCCCUUCAAAUUAAAACUAAAUGCCCAGCAGCCCUAUAAGCUAGGGUUGGCCCCUAAAGCCGAGGGUCCUAUGCCUGACCAACCCAACCACUUUUACUUAGACUACAUGUGAACCUUGGAAUCAUCUCUGAAAUUGCUGGUGCUAUCCGCUCCAGAGCACAGCAUCUGUUGUAACAAAACUACUGCCAGCUCCUGCUUGUUCUCUAGGUCUUUGGCUCGCUUGGGGCCUUUGCUAACCUUUGUGCAACCUGACAUCCCUCUCCACGAUUUAGGCCACCUGAGUCCCCAUCUCGUGGUGGCAGGGACAAACAAAAGGCAGUCCAACUCACUCUCUGGUAUAAGGGUUGGGGAAGAAGCUGAGUGCAGAAGCUUGGGAAAAGGAAGGUCUGAGGGCCUUGUACGAUUUCCCACCCUUCUUGGGCUUAUCUAUCUGCAGGAAGCACCACAGCUGUGUGUCACUUGUCCCUUUCCUUUCCUGUGCCAAAGCCACUACUCCCUUGGGCUGAAAUGGCCAGGCAGGCACUGAUCUGCUCCAAAUGUGGAGUCAGGGGCAGAAGGAAGCCACCAAGCCAGGACUGUCCCCCACCACGUGCUCCUGGCCACUUGGCAAGGACUCCCGCCAGCAGGACCUUGGAUUGGUCACUUUUAGGUGCCUCCUUAAGGGCUGACUUUGAUCAAGUCUGUCAAUUUUUAAACUAUGAAAACUGCAUUACCCCUAUGCAUUUGUAUAUUCUAAUUCUUACUGGUUUUUUUUAAAUGUUUAAAAUAUUUGCCUCUAGUAUCUUCAUUUCUAACCUGACAUAUAGAGGGUUGUAGUUUUGUACAUACCUAUUCCAUGAACUGUGUCAGAGCAAAUUCGGUUAAAAAAAAAAACAAAACCAACACUUGUGAUAAACAAAUGGGUUUCUCUUUGGAACUAAAACUACAGUACUUGACUGUAUUGACACAUCAAUAAAAUCUAUUAAAACACA